AUGAGAUUUAGCGUCAUAUUAUUUGCACUCCAAUGUGCAUGUGCCUGGGCAUAUACAAUUACCGAAGGGUCUGUCAGUGUAGGGGACGACAAAGUUGAAAUUGGCGAAUUUAACGCCCAAGUUGUCACUCCGCUUAGCUUUGGUGCUAAGGAUAAAAUCGACGUGUCAUUGAAGGUAGAUGAAUUAUCUACCAAACCACACCAAGCUGUCAUCACUAUUGGAGAUGGUAAUGGAUUGGACUUGUCUUUUGUUCCAACUGUACUUACUGCUUCAAAUACUGUGAAGUUGAGUAUCCCAGCCGCUAAGCUUCCUGAAAGCUUGAAGUCUCAAUUAAGACUUUUCGUAAAGGUUAUUUUAGCCGAUAAGGAUAACUCUGGAAACUUGUAUAGAACUUUGGCUGAACUUGAACCAACCUCUGAGCUCAGAACUUCUUCCAAGUACAAGAAGGCUGAGAGGGUUGGAAUCAAACCUGAAAUCCACCACAUUUUCAGAGAAGACCCAUCCACUGUGAAUCCUAUCAUUCCAUUAGUCUUCAUUGGCGGUGCCAUUGUUCUUUUCCUUGGUUUGCUUAUUGCCUGGACCAGUGCUCUUAGCUCAAACUUACUUGCCCACUUUUCCGAUCUUACAGGUUUGCAACUUUUGUAUGACUUUUCCUUCUUGUCUUGUUUGUUUGGUUAUGAAGUUACUUUUGCUAGAUAUUACUUGGGAGCUUCCAUUUUCACUACGUUGUUCUAUGUUUUCGUUCUUGCCGGUCCAAGUAUUUACUUUGGUUCCAGAGUCUUCAGAGACUUGGCAAAGUUUCGUAAAAUUGGGAAGUUGUGA